ACAUUCCUCCAGUGACGAAGGGUAGGGCGGCUCGUGUCUGCCAGGUAAUCUGUAACCAUGACGACAGCAAUAGUUGCUACUGUAGUGAUUAUUAGUGACCAGAGAUGGAAACGUGGGCAGGAACACGAGCAGAAGAAAAAGACCUGGAUGAUGUAGGGGUUAAAAAUAAUGACAGGACAGAGAGAUGAAAGGAUAGAAUAUACGGCUCCUUGCAGCACGCCCAAACAGCAGCUAGACAGCAGCAAUUACACCACUGCUACCAGAUGAGAGAGAGGCAGUGCAGAAGAAGACAUUCACUAAAUGGGUGAAUUCUCACCUGGGCCGUGUGACCUGCAGAAUUGGUGACCUCUACACUGACCUCCGCGAUGGACGCAUGCUUAUCCGACUGCUGGAGGUUCUCUCCAGUGAACAACUGCCAAAGCCCACCAAGGGCCGUAUGCGCAUCCACUGUCUGGAGAACGUUGACAAGGCUCUGCAGUUCCUAAAGGAACAAAAGGUUCAUCUGGAGAAUAUGGGUUCUCACGACAUAGUCGACGGAAACCACCGUCUCACACUUGGACUCAUCUGGACUAUAAUCCUUCGCUUCCAGAUCCAAGACAUUAGCGUUGAGACGGAGGACAACAAGGAGAAGAAAUCUGCCAAAGACGCUCUGCUGCUGUGGUGUCAGAUGAAGACUGCAGGGUACCCGAAUGUCAAUGUCCACAACUUCACCACCAGCUGGAGAGAUGGUCUAGCGUUCAAUGCCAUAGUGCACAAACACAGGUCAGACUUGAUUGACUUUGAUAAUCUUAAGCGCUCUAAUGCCCACUAUAACCUGCAGAAUGCCUUUAAUGUGGCUGAGAAGGAGCUGGGUCUUACCAAGCUACUGGAUCCUGAGGAUGUGAAUGUCGAUCAGCCUGAUGAAAAGUCCAUCAUCACAUAUGUGGCCACAUACUACCACUACUUCAGCAAGAUGAAGGCGCUCGCUGUAGAGGGCAAGAGGAUCGGCAAGGUGCUGGACUAUGCUAUUGAGGCAGAUCAGCUGAUAGAGAAAUACGAGACUCUGGCCUCAGAGCUGCUGCAGUGGAUUGAACAAACCAUUGUUACCCUUAAUGACCGUCAACUCGCUAACUCACUCAGUGCGGUUCAGAACCAGCUACAGGCCUUCAAUACCUAUCGCACUGUAGAGAAACCACCCAAGUUCACUGAAAAGGGAAAUUUGGAAGUCUUGCUCUUCACCAUUCAGAGUAAAAUGAGAGCAAACAACCAAAAAGUCUACAUGCCAAGAGAGGGAAAACUCAUCUCUGACAUCAACAAGGCGUGGGAGAGGCUGGAGAAAGCAGAACACGAGAGAGAGUUGGCACUCAGAAACGAGCUGAUUCGUCAGGAGAAGCUGGAGAUGUUGGCCGCACGCUUUGACCGCAAAGCAGCCAUGAGAGAAACCUGGCUCAGCGAAAACCAGCGGCUAGUGUCACAGGACAAUUUUGGUGUUGACCUGGGCGCUGUGGAGGCAGCCACUCGCAAACACGAGGCCAUCGAGACCGACAUCCAGGCGUAUGGUGAGCGCGUAGCAGCUGUAGAGGCUGUUGCUCGAGAACUGGAAGCGGAGAGAUAUCAUGAAGUGCGCCGCAUACUGGCACGGAGGGAUAACGUGCUCAGACUGUGGGAGUAUCUGAAGGAAUUACUUGCGGCACGGCGCGAGAGGCUAAUGGCACACAGAGACCUGCAGCGCCUCUUACAGGAGAUGAGCUACAUCAUGGACUGGAUGGAAGAGAUGAAGAGUCGCCUGCAGUCCCAGGACAGUGGAAAACACCUUCAUGAUGUGGAGGACUUGCUGCAGAAACACACACUAGUGGAAGCUGAUAUAUCCGCACAGGCGGAGAGAGUCAAAGCUGUGCAGGCUGCUGCGAAGAGAUUUACUUCAAAUGAACAGAGUUAUAAGCCGUGUGACCCUGCGCUGGUUGAAGAGAAGGUGGACCUGCUGGGCCGAGCAUAUGGAGAAUUGGGCCAGUUGGCAGCAGAUCGACGAGCUCGACUGGAUGACUCGCGCAGGCUGUGGCAGUUCCUGUGGGAGCUGGGAGAGGAGGCUGCCUGGAUUCGAGAGCAGGAGCAGAUCCUGUCCGGAGGAGAUAAUGGAAAGGACCUGAGCUCUGCCCUUCACUUCCUGUCUAAACAUGAGGCCUUCAGGGACGAGAUGGCAGCCCGGUACGGCCCCCUGGGGAAUAGCAUUGCUGGUGGAGAAGCCCUGGUAAGGGAAGGCCACUUUGGAGCACCUGAGGUGACAGAGCGGAUCAAGGACGUGAAAGCACAGUGGUCACACCUGGAGGAGGCCUCACAGUUGCGUGAGCAGAGGCUGAAAGAGUCUGUAGCUUUCCAUCAGUUCCAGACAGACGCCAAUGACAUGGAAGCCUGGAUAAUGGAGACACUAAGACAGGUGUCUAGUCAAGAACUGGGCCAUGAUGAGUUUUCUACACAGACUCUGGCCAGAAAGCAGAGAGAGGUGGAAGAGGAGAUUCAAAGUCACCGACCACUCAUCGACUCACUACAUGAACAGGCCUCAACCCUGCCUGAAGCGUACGCACAGUCCCCACAGGUGGAGGGGCGUCUCCCAGCGAUAGAGCAGCGCUAUGAAGAGUUAGAGGGUUUGUCGUCGUCAUGGCGACAGGCCUUAGAUGGCGCACUUGCGUUGUAUCGCAUGUUUAGUGAAGCUAAUGCAUGCCAGCUGUGGGUUGGAGAAAAAGAACAGUGGCUGCACAACAUGGAGAUUCCCACCAAACUAGAGGACCUGGAGGUGGUCCAGCAGAGGUUUGAAACUCUGGAGCCAGAGAUGAACACACUGGGCGCUCGCAUUUCUGAUGUCAAUCAAGUGGCACAACAGCUGCUUGGAUCAGACAAUCGCAGCAAAGAGCAGAUUGACCAGACCCAAAACCAACUCAAUAACAGGUGGUCUGAUUUCCAGAGUCUGGCCAACCAGCGUAAACAAGCUCUAGAAUCAGCACUGAAUAUCCAGAACUAUCAUCUAGAGUGUAAUGAGAUCAAGAGCUGGAUGAAGGAGAAGACCAAGGUCAUUGAGUCCACGCAGAGCCUUGGAAACGACCUGGCUGGAGUCAUGGCCCUGCAGCGCAAGCUCACUGGUAUGGAGAGAGACCUGGAGGCUAUACAGGGUAAGUUGGAUGACCUGCGUUCUGAGGCCGAGAAGUUGGCAUCUGAGCAUCCUGAGCAGGAGGAGGAGAUCAAGGGUCGACUGGCUGAAAUCCAAGAGGUGUGGGAGGAGCUUCGAGCCACCAUGAAGCGGCGUGAGGAGUCUUUGGGCGAAGCCUCAAAGCUUCAGGGCUUCCUCAGAGAUCUCGAUGACUUCCAGGCCUGGCUUUCUCGUACACAGACCACCGUGGCGUCCGAGGACACGCCCACCUCUCUGGCCGAAGCAGAGCGUCUGUUGGGACAGCAUGAGGCCAUAAAGAAUGAAGUAGAUAAUUACAGGGAAGAUUAUGAGAAGAUGAGAGCUACUGGAGCUGAGGUAACUCAGGGACAGACUGAUGCCCAGUACAUGUUCUUAGCCCAGCGACUGCAAGCGUUGGACACCGGCUGGCAUGAGUUGAGGAGAAUGUGGGAGAGCCGCCACUGUGUCCUUGCCCAGGCCUUUGAUUUCCAAACCUUGCUGCGAGAUGCAAAACAGGCAGAGGGCUUCCUCAAUAGCCAGGAAUAUGUUCUGUCACACACGGAGAUGCCCUCCAGCCUGCAAGGGGCUGUGGAGGCCAUCAAGAAACAUGAGGAUUUCCUUACUACCAUGGAGGCCAGUGAAGAAAAGAUCAAUGGUGUGGUCGAGUCUGGACGGAGACUUGUAUCUGACGGCAACACCUAUGCAGACAAGAUCCAAGAGAAGACAGACUCCAUUCAGGAGAGACACCAGAAGAACAAACAAGCUGCCAAUGAGCUGCUGGCCAAACUGAAGGAUAAUAGAGAGCUGCAGCACUUCCUUCAGGAUGGACAAGAGCUGACAUUGUGGAUAAAUGAGAAGAUGUUGACGGCUCAGGACAUGUCCUAUGAUGAGGCCAGAAACCUCCACAGCAAGUGGCAGAAGCACCAGGCCUUCAUGGCUGAGCUGGCCUCUAAUAAAGACUGGCUGGACAAGAUUGACAAGGAGGGUCAAGUGUUGGUGAAGGAGAAGCCUGAGCACGAGCAGACAGUAUCAGAGACUCUGAGUGGCCUGCAGAAGCAGUGGGAGGAGUUGGAGAACACCACUCAAGCCAAAGCUCAGUGUCUGUUCGACGCCAACCGAGCUGAGCUUUUCACGCAGAGCUGUUCAGCGCUAGACUCCUGGCUCCAGAACAUCUCCUCUCAACUCCAGAGCGAUGACUUUGGAAAAGAUCUCACCAGUGUCAACAUCCUGCUCAAGAAACACCAGAUGCUGGAGCAUCAGAUGGAGGUGCGUGAGAAAGAGGUCCAGUCUCUGCAGUCACAGGCUCUGGCCUUGGCCCAAGAGGAUUCUGGGACAGUGGAGGUGGAUGGUCAGCAGAGAAGGGUGACAGACAGUUUUGCUCAGCUGCAGGACCCUCUAAAACAGCGGAGGCAGCAUCUUCUUGCUUCAAAAGAGGCUCAUCAGUUCAACAGAGACCUUGAGGAUGAGAUUUUAUGGGUGAAGGAAAGGAUGCCCCUCGCCACUUCCACAGACCACGGUAAAGAUCUGCCCAGCGUUCAGCUGCUCAUCAAAAAGAAUCAGACUCUGCAGAAGGAGAUUCAGGGUCAUCAGCCUCGUAUAGAUGACAUACAGGCUCACGGUAGAAACAUGUCCCCUGGGAAGGAGUCAGAGAUGGACAAGGAGAGGAAAGCUGCUCUUGAUGGACGUCUGGCAGAGCUGAGGGAAUUGUGGGCCCUUAUGAUUUCUGAGACGGAGAAGAGAAACAUGAGGUUAGCAGAAGCUAACCGAGCACAGCAGUUUUACACAGAUGCUGCGGAGGCUGAGGCCUGGAUGGGAGAACAAGAGCUUCAUAUGAUGUCAGAGGAGAAGGCGAAGGAUGAGCAGAGUGCUCUGGUAAUGGUGAAGAAACACCAGAUUCUGGAGCAGGCUCUAGAGGACUACGCUCAGACCAUCCACCAGCUGGCCAACAGCAGCAGACUCAUGGUGAACAGCGAACACCCAGAGAGUGAAAGAAUCACUCUGAGGCAGGCCCAGGUGGAUAAACUGUAUGCAGGGUUGAAGGAUCUGGCAGAAGAAAGGAGAGGCAAACUGCAGGAGAGACUGAGACUGACCCAGCUGAAGAGAGAGGUGGAUGAUUUAGAGCAGUGGAUCGCUGAGAGAGAGGUCGUCGCAGGGUCUCAUGAACUUGGACAAGACUACGAACAUGUGACUAUGUUGCGUGAUAAGUUCCGGGAAUUUGCGAGGGACACUAGCACAAUUGGCCAGGAGCGUGUGGAUGCAGUGAACGCUCAGGCAGAUGAACUUAUAGAGUCAGGUCAUCCAGAAAACGCCAGCGUAGCUGAGUGGAAGGAUGGGCUCAAUGAGGCCUGGGCCGACCUGUUGGAGCUCAUCGACACACGCACACAGAUGCUGGCCGCCUCGUACGAGCUGCACCGCUUCCAUCAGGAUGCCCGGGAAGCUCUUGGGCUCAUAAAGGAGAAGAAGGAGACACUAGCUGGAGCUGAACUCGGACGGGACCUGAACACUGUCCAACACUUGCUUAGACAGCAUACGGCCUAUGAGCAUGAUGUGCAGGCACUCAGUGGACAGGUCACACAGGUGCAGGACGAUGCUGCACGUCUGCAGAAAGCAUACGCCGGAGAGAAAGCUGAUGAUAUCCAUCGCCAUGAGCGUGCAGUCACAGAGGCCUGGGAGGGGCUUCAGUCUGCCACUCAAGCCAGGCGGCUGCUCCUGCUGGACACAGUGGAGAAGUUCAGAUUUUUAAACAUGGUCAGAGACCUUAUGCUGUGGAUGGAGGGAAUCAACUUACAGAUUCAGUCACAUGACAGUCCGAGGGACGUCUCCUCAGCUGGUCUGGUCAUCGCCAACCAUCAGGACAUUAAAUCUGAGAUAGACACUAGAGCAGACAGCUUCACUGCUUGCAGUGAAAUGGGACGGACCCUCAUCAAUAACAACCACUAUGCUUCAGAUGAGAUUCAAGAGAAAUUGGAUCAGCUUCAGGCCAAACGCACAGAAAUUAAUCAGAAGUGGCAAGAGAAAAUGGACCACUUACAGAUUGUUCUGGAGGUAUUACAGUUUAGUAGGGAUGCGUCUAUGGCCGAAUCGUGGCUUGCUGGACAGGAGCCGCUGGUCAGGGCAGCAGAAUUGGGCUCUAACGUAGACGAGGUUGAGAGUCUUAUCAAACGCCACGAAGCCUUUGAAAAACUGGCAGCAGGCUGGGAAGAUCGUUUCACACAGCUAGAGAAGCUCACCACGCUGGAGGAACAGGAAAUUCAAAGGAGAAGAGAAGAGGAAGAGAGGGCCAGACGACCACCCACACCUCCCCCUGUGGAGGAAGUAGUACCGUCUGAGAUUAAUGAUUCUGCUGCAAGGACGAGUCUGGACCAGACUACAUUGAACCAGUCAGUAUCUGUCAAUGGUGUCUACAGUGACCAGGAAACAUCACAGUCAUUAUCGGUCUCUGUAUCUGAAUUCAAGAAAGCCGAACCUAAACCAGAGAGUAAACCUCAGUCUAACCCAGUUUCUAAGCCUGUGCCUAAACCCCACAAGGCACAGGAGCGUGGAUCAGAAACGGAAUCAGUUAACGGUCCGGGCCGUGACAGUGGUCUGGACUCAGCAUCACGGCAAGACCCUUCAGCAACACUGCCAGGGCGAGGAGGAGCAGAGGCGGCCACAGAAGCCAUGGAGGGCAUCCUUUGCAGGAAACAGGAAAUGGAAUCACACAACAAAAAAGCAGCCACCAGAUCGUGGCAGAAUGUAUAUUGCGUUUUACGUAAAGGAAGUAUGGGUUUCUAUAAGGACAACAAGAGUGCCUCUAAUGGAAUCCCCUACCAUGGAGAAGUUCCCAUCAGCCUCGAUGAGGCUGUCUGUGAGGUAGCCCAUGACUACAAGAAGAGGAAACAUGUAUUUAAACUUAGGCUUGGGGAUGGAAAAGAGUUCUUGUUCCAAGCGAAGGAUGAGGCUGAGAUGAGUUCAUGGAUUCGAGCAAUCCAGUCAUCCCUGCUGUCCACCGAGCGUUCGCCGGGUGGCCCACGAGGUCUGAGUCGGGCGAUGACAAUGCCGCCAAUGUCUCCCAGCUCGGGCGAGGGUGGAGGCGUGACCAUGCGCAACAAAGACGGCAAAGAGAGAGGCGGAGAGAAGCGCUUCAGUUUCUUUGGCAAAAAGAAAUAAGCACCAAAAUAUGCCACAGAUCUCCACAGUGAGCCAAACAAGAGAUGAAAGUUUGUCAACACUCAAAAGAAACUGAUUAGAAAAGGCAAAGAAAACUCGCAUGUCACUUCUGUGAUAGGUUUUUUGUUUUUGCCCUUUAUUUUUCUUCCACUCAUUUUUUUUUUUUUUUAAAUUCAUCUCAUUUCGCACUUCUUUGGAUCUUCCUCAAUCUCGUCUCCUAGAUGGAACGUCACUUUUGGCCGGAUGGUGAGCUCUGAGCUGAGAGAGUGGCGUCCCUGACCGAGAGCCAUCCUGAAAGUUUAGCUCAUACCUUUCAAUUUGAGUAGUUUCCUUUUAACUUUUUCCCUAAAAAUAAUUUUAUCUUUGGGUUAUACGGCAUUUCCAUACUGUAAUGACCAAGAGUGCUAUUUUGUCUCUUUCCCUUGAUGAUUUCCAUUUCUGACCUCCCACUUUCUUUGUGAAGGACUACAGUCCUUUUUUUUUUUUUUUUUUUGGUAUUAUUAUUAUACUUAUAGCUAAAGAUUUUAUUGUUAUUGCUAUUAUUAAUAUUGUUUAUUUGCUGUUCGAUUUUGAGUCAAUUUAAAGUAAAAUAUUUAAAGAAAAUGUAAGUAUAGUUGGUAUGAUCUCAUGUUCAGAGAGGACAAAGCAGAAAGAAGCCCAUAAAUCAGAGGUGGGAGUUCAUGCUGGUCUUUUUCCUUUCCUUUUUAUUUUUUCUUGAUAUGACUGUCGAAUGUUUUUUUUUUUUUUUUUUUUAUAAAGAGUAGUGUUUUCCAGCUUAAAGAGAAAAAAAAACACUAUUUAUGAUGGUUUUAUUAUCUUUUUGUUUAUCUUUCUGUUCUCUCUCUUUCAUUUCCAUUAAGAAAUACUUUAAGUAUGUGUUCUUAUUCUGUGGCUUGUUCCUUUAGCUCAUCAAGUUCCUUUAUCCUCUUUAAUCCUGUUCUUUUCUUAGACCAGAAAAGUGUUUGUUGUGAAGAUUGAAAUUGAGGUGUGAUGCUGUGGUUUGGACUUUGGCUUUACAAUUGCUCGAAAGCAAACAGACACAACACAAGAAUCACUUGCACAAGCCAACAUUAAACUCACGUUAAACAAAGAAUUUGAGGACAGCAUAUAUUUUUGUCCAUUUUCAAGUAACUUUGAUCUGAAUAUGUAGUUGACCAAGUUUCCUAUCGGAAUGUAUUCUCAGGCGUCAGUUUUACCAUUCACACACCGACGGACAUGCGCACAUGCGUUUCUCUCUCCUAACCCUACACUUUAAAUACUUUCCAGGGAUGAACCUCUAUUAUUGGGAUUGGUGUCAGUGAUGCUCUUGAGGUUGAUGCUGUAUUUUUAGGUGUGUGUGAGUGUACGUGUGCUCCGAAGAGGUUGCUUUCAGGUAUAUCGGUUGUGAAUGUGCUUCAACUCUGAAUGAGAAACAAAAUUACUGAGGUAUUCUUAAUGUGGACCAAAUCAACAGUUUUUCCCCCACGCAUGGUGAUUGAGAUGAUCUCUUUCCUUUAUUUGUACAUCACGAGUUACUAUAAAUUAUCUUCCUUGGAGGAAUGUGAAAUUUUUACCACAUACUUAUAUAAUUGUAGGUUUUAUACUUGCGGUCAACAAGAGAUAAAUCUCUCCUGUCCCGUAAGUAGCGUACACAGAGGCAGAAUCAACGGCAACCUAGCUGACAUGAUUUCAGAUAUACUUUUGCAGUUAAACGCAUGAUGUCCUGGUGUAACAAGUGUACCCACUGUGGCAUGAAAGCAGUAUUUUUGUAGGAUAAAGAUUUUUCAGCCUCAUAUGAUUGUGUGAAAGCUUGCCUUGGUGUGUUAAUAUUAGCGUGAGGUUUUUUUUGACGUCAUACAUUGAAACCCCUUCCUCUGAGGUGUGUGGAGUAUUGAGCCAUGUCCACUCUUAUGUCAAUUAUCUCUCAAUUUCCUUUGGAGACGCAUUUAAGGGGUCGGCACGAAGACGCAGUAAACUGAACUUUUUUUGCUGUGACAAUUGAUGUGAAGGAAAAUGAUGCAGACUCUCUACUGAACCUUGUCCAGCCCUCACAAACAGCCUCUUUCCAGUUUUCAGUGAUUGGACAAUGUCACUGAAACUCAUUUUCCGCUCUGUUCAGUGACGUGAAUUGUGACUUGGUCCGAAUGAGAAAUUAGGAACUUGGAGUCACCUUUGUGAAACAUUUUCUGGAUCGGUCUGAUGCUCUCCAUCCUAAAGGAUAAAAGCGCUGCGGUAAAAUGAUCUAGUUGUGCUUUUGUUCACACAGAAUACCGUCAUUGAGCUGUAAGAUGAUUAAUUUAGUCUGAGCCUACACAUACAGUUUGGGACUGUGUGCUACAUUUCUUCCUGAGAUAAGUCAAUGUGUUGCAUUUGGAUUAGUCUCUCAUAUUUGUGCUGUUGAUUUUUUUUUUUUUUUUUUUCUAUUCUUCUUCAUAGUUGCCUAAUCUGAAAACGUUUUCUUCCUCUCACAUUUUACACUUUUCAGUGUGGUUGGUUUUAACCCAGUUAGUUCAGAUGGUCAAUUACAUUAUGGCAAAUAAGCCGGUCUAAGAUAAUUGAGUCUGUUUGUGUAAAUUUCAAUGGACUGGUGAGGAAAACUGUAAGGAAAAUGAAAUGUAAUUAUAUUGCAAUACAUGAAUACAGUGAAUUCAAUGGGAAGAAACUACUUUCAGUAAAAGUGAGUGGACUGAGUAUUAGAUUUGAUGAAUCUGGGUUUUUUUUAAGCAGACCCCCCCCCCCCCCCAACCAAUAGUAGUGUAUUUUACAACGUUUUAAUGCGUCUUCAAAAAUAUUCCCACCAAACCCAUUAAAAAUACCAUUUAUUAAAGAAUGUUAAUUCCAUUCUUGAUUUUAAACCUGAGUUGUUAAUAUCACUACUAUUAUAUGUUGUUAUUAUUGUUAUUAUUAUUAUAAAAGUCAUAAUAUUAAUAACUAUUAUUAAUACUACUGUUGCAACUGCACCUCGUGUAAAACUGCAGCCUAUUCCUGCUGAGUUUCUCGUCUGUAAUACCAAACCCCGCCACUUGGGGGCAAGUGUGCUGUGGAGCAUUUUUCAUUACUGAUCUAAACAAGAAAAAGACUUGUUUGUUGACUUGUGUAUCUAUAUCUAAUAUUAGGAAUAAAAACAUGAUUUGAAAAGAAAAAAAA